GUGUUAAGCUGGCAGGCGGUGGAGGAAGGUAUAUCGACAUUCUGUUUAUGACCGAGUGUUAGCAAGUUACCGAGGAAAUUGACUGGAAGAUGGUCUUGCGUAGUUGGCGUCGCCCCCACAAUGGAAAACACCUUCGCUCCAUUUCCUAACCAGAGGGACGUUCUGAAGCUAAGUCUCAGCCAGAGAAAUUUCGCCAGAGACAUGUAUUUGAAACUGGCCCGAAGUUCCCCUGGCAAUAUAUUCUUCUCGCCCUUCACCAUCAUGACAGCACUCGGCAUGGUCUACUCGGGAGCUCAAAGGACCACCGAGCAGGAAAUGAAGACAGUCAUGAACUUGUCUCAGGACAGAAUUAGUCUUCACAGAGCGUUCAAGGACGUCAUAACAGACUUCCAGAAAAAGGGCGGACCAUUCGAGCUAUGCACGUCGAACAUAGCUUACGUCCCCGAUAGCGUGCAGCUGUUGCCAAACUACAAAGCCAUUUUGUCCAACACGUACCAGAGUUACGCCAAGUCGGGUAACUUUCGUAAACCCGAGUUGGUCAGAGAGGAAAUUAAUAACACGGUGAAAUCUCAGACAAACUCGCGUAUUUUGGAAAUUAUGCCCGAAGGAGUGAUAGACGAAGAUCUAAAGAUUCUACUCGUAAAUGUUGUCUACUUCAAGGGCCUGUGGGAAAAAGAAUUCGUAUCGCACACGACAGAAGGAAUUUUUUGGCUCUCGGAAGAAGAAAACAUAAAAGUUCCCAUGAUGCACAUUUCGGAAUCUUUCGAUAUGGUUCACCACAAAGAUCUUGGUGCCACUGUCUUAUCUAUGGAUUAUAAGGGUUCGAGGCUGAGCAUGCUGAUCGUCCUUCCCCUGGAGCGAGACGGCCUGUCCGAGAUAGAAGCCAAGAUGGCGGACAUGGACCUCGGCGACCUGGAGAAAGCGAUGGACAGCUGCAAAAUAGCGGUUUCCCUUCCGAGGUUCAAGAUGCUGGAGACGAUUCAUCUCACUGAUCUUCUUAUCGAGAUGGGCAUGAAAGAUCUGUUCAACGAGAAAUCGAGCGACUUGUCAGGUAUAACUGGAAAUCGUCAGCUGUUCAUCUCACAAGUCAUUCAUAAAUAUUUUCUGGAGGUGAAUGAAACGGGAACGGAGGCGGCGGCGGCGACGUGCACACCGACUUUGUGUACUUCUUGUUUCGACGUUUUGAUUUACGUCCUCUUGAUUAAGAAGCCCAGACCACCGAACUUCAUAGCAGAUCACCCUUUCAUGUUCUUCAUUCGCGACCAACUUUCGGGCUUGGUUCUGUUCAUAGGAAGACUCACCAAUCCGACGGCAUAGCGGGGUAGCGGGAGUGCGGCGGAGAGUUGGGAUUUGCGAUUCUGCUGUGGUCGCUGUUGGUUUGCUGUUCUGGUUUUGAGUAUCUUUGUA